GCGUCAAAAAGGUCAAAAUCGAUUUUCUUGGUUUUGAGGUUGAGUUAAGGGGUGUCAAAAACGAAAUAAAUAAAUAAUAAUAUUAAAUUUAGUGAAAUGAGUGAAUAGAACAAAUAUACGCUUCCAGUGAGGAGAAAUAUCAGCUCUUAAGCAUGGCUAUGCACAAAGCUUUUCGAGUUUUCGAAAAAAGUAUACCAGCAAGUCCCCACAGUGUUCUUCUGGAGCACAAAGCUAAAGAAGAAACCCUACUGUUUGAGUCCCAAGCAGUAGCAGUUCUUUCUGUUCUUGAAAUCGAAGUAGUUAAGAAACAGUAUACAAAAAUACUAGACGCAUAUGGCUGUCUAGGAGUCCUUCAGCUUUAUUCUGGAGAAUCUACAUUACUGUACCUUGUUAUGGUAACUGGAUGUUUUUCCAUUGGAAAAAUAGUCGAUUCCGAAAUUUUUCGAAUUACUCAAACGCAAUUUGUGCCACUGCAUCAUGCACAGAAUGAGGAUAAAAUAUCGGAAGUGCGAAAAUUAUUAAACUCUGGAACCUUCUAUUUCUCCUGGUACUCUGGCUCUGCAGGGGGCAUUCCAUUAGAUCUCACUUUAUGCGCCCAACGUAGAACAAAAACUGCUGCAACAGAUCACAGAUUUUUCUGGAAUCGUAUGUUGCAUGUUCAUCUAGUCAGAUUUGGAGUUGAUUGCAAUAGUUGGCUAUUAAAAGCCAUGUGCGGGUCAGUAGAAAUCCGAACGGUUUAUGCAGGUCCAAAGAAAGCGUUUGCUGCUGUGAUUUCAAGACUGAGUUGCGAAAGAGCCGGAACGCGAUUUAAUGUGCGUGGUACAAAUGAUGAAGGCCAUGUAGCGAAUUUUGUGGAGACAGAACAAGUCAUUUAUUUAGAUAAUGAAGUCUCUUCAUACAUCCAGACCAGAGGCUCUGUUCCGUUGUUUUGGGAGCAACCGGGCGUGCAAGUGGGAUCUCACAAAGUGAGGAUAUCCCGGGGAUAUGAAGCAUCGAAAUCUGCAUUUGAUCGACACAUGUCCAUGAUAAAAGAGCGUUACGGGAAACAAGUUAUAGUGAAUUUGCUUGGCACUAGCCUAAUUGGAAGCAAGGAAGGCGAAGCCACCUUAAGCCAGGAGUUUCAGAAACACCAUAAAGAAUCCGCCUUCAACGACAUUCCCCAUGUAGUGUUCGAUUAUCAUCAAGAAAUUCGCGGUGGAAACCAAGCAAACUUGCAAAAACUAAGAAGCAAAGUUGAACAGCAGCUUCAGGAUUUUUCCUAUUUCCAUGCGGAUGGAAACGCGAUUUAUAGCUUGCAGACUGGAACGAUUCGAACAAAUUGUCUGGAUUGUCUGGAUAGAACAAAUUGCGUUCAGACAUUCUUUGGCUUGGAGAUACUCACCACACAGUUGCAAGUUAUGCAAAUGGUGGAUAAGAAAAUUACAAUAUCUAGAUUUGAGGAAGUUUUUCGGCAGAUGUGGAUCAACAACGGGAAUGAGAUUAGUAAAAUAUAUGCGGGAACUGGAGCCAUUCAAGGCGGGUCAAAAAUAAUGGACGGAGCAAGAUCGGCCGCGAGAACAAUCCAAAACAACCUCUUGGACAGCUCUAAGCAGGAAGCUAUAGAUAUAUUUUUGCUCGGUUCAACUUUAUCCACCGAACUAGCCGAUCGGGCUAGACAUUUAUUACCGUACAACACACUCCAUGCUCCUCCUCAUGUUUUGAGAGAAAUGUGUAAACGAUACACUGAAUAUACUGAAGCAUUACCAGUAAGAGUGGCUGUGGGAACUUACAACGUUAACGGAGGAAAGCAUUUCCGUAGUUUGGUCUUUAAGGACAUCAAAUUAUCCGACUGGCUUUUGGAUAAUCACAAGAACAAUCAGAACUUGGUUGAUACCAGUCAUUCUGACGUGAAUCGAAUGACGCCGGUAGAUAUUUACGCAAUUGGAUUUGAGGAAAUCGUGGAUUUGAAUGCAGCGAAUAUUAUGAAUUCCAGUAGUGACAAUGCAAAGGCAUGGGCUGUAGAACUUCAGAAAGUCCUGUCCAGGGAUUGUCCAUACGUUUUGGUUACUUAUCAGCAACUGGUUGGAGUCUGUUUGUAUGUCUUUGUCCGGCCUGAACAUGUUCCCUAUAUUAAAGACGUGGGGAUUGAUUCGGUGAAAACUGGACUAGGUGGUCAUACAGGGAACAAAGGAGCAGCGGCUAUUCGUCUGGUGUUCCAUGCUACUUCACUGUGUUUUGUAUGUGCUCACUUUGCGGCAGGUCAGUCGCAAGUGAAUGAACGAAACGCGGAUUAUAAUGAAAUUACAAGGAAAAUUGGAUUUCCAAUGAGCCGUUCUUUGAAUUCCCAUGAAUAUUUGUUCUGGUGUGGCGAUUUUAACUACAGAGUGGACAUGGAUAAAGAUGAAAUCAAGGAACUAAUUAAACAAGGGAACUAUGACGCUGUACUAGAGAACGAUCAAUUAAGAAAACAACAGUUGGAGGGCAACGUAUUCAAGAACUUCAUCGAAGGAAAAAUUACUUUUCCGCCCACUUACAAGUACGAUCUCUUCAGUGAUGACUAUGAUACUAGUGAAAAAUGUCGCGCGCCAGCCUGGACCGACAGAAUUUUAUGGAAAAGACGAAAACAUUCCCCCGAAAUAAAUGGGUGUGCUGACCAUUGGACUGCCGGUAACUUAAUUCAUUAUGGCAGGGCUGAGCUGAAGCAGAGUGAUCAUAGGCCCGUUAUAGCCAUUGUGGAUAUCGAAUGUCGAAUUCUGAAUUUGAACAAGAGGCAAGAUGUUUUUUAUGAAGUCAUAAAAGACAUGGGGCCUCCUGAUUCGACACUUAUCGUUCAUUGCGAAGAUGUUUCCGAUGAAGAUGACGGUUGCAUUUUCGACGAACAUAUGGUUCUCAUCCUCUUGGAAGAGUUUGCACAGUUUGGGGAAACGAUUUUAGUAAGAUUUGUCGGGGACAAAAUGUGGAUCACGUUCAGAGAUGGACAGUCGGUUUUGGAAGCAAUGCGGAAAACAAAUGGCACAUUAAGAAUCCAGGAUUAUGACCUUACGUUGUCCCUGAAAACUCCAGAUUGGGUCGAAAAAGCCAAAGAUGAGAUCGGGUUUUGUUCAAGUAACACAAUCCCGCUAUACUCUUCUCCCAGUCAGUCUGAUUAUAACUGCUUAGGUAUUCCUGAGGUUCAACAGAAAAUGCUACCGCCUGCUCGUCCUUUACCACCCAGCCGCCCGCCUCCACCUUCUAUGAAAUCCAAUCCCACUCCUUCUCCCACCAAGAAGCCCCAACCGAGGGCUGGAGUAAUAAGCAUUCCUGUAAAGCCCGCGCCACCUCCACCAUCACAUGCGUCACCUAUUCUAGUUCCUACAAUUUGUUCAGGCCUGCCUUCCUGUGCAUCUGGUUCUUCUAAUGGGGCGGUUCCUUCAACUGCACCUCCAGAUAUUCCGCCUCCUGACCUUCCUUCAAUGCCCUCAUUGGACCAAGAUGUUGGGAUUUACGAAGAAAUCACCGAUGAUGUGAAUAUCACUAUUCCAGAACCACAAGGUCCGCCGCCACCUCCACCUCGAGCGGAACCUUCCAUACCAGCAACGCCGGGUCGACCUCCUCCGGUUCCAGCAAGAUCCGCUCCUCCACCUCCACUACCUGCGCGACCUCGUCAAUAGUUUCUUGCGACAUUCUAUCACGAUCUGAAUUACUUUUUCAAUCUGCCCUUUCACACCGAGAUCACUAAAUUCGUAUACAAACUUCUCUUGGUUCUGAUGGCUACUUUAUUUCUCUAUGAGCUCUGGAUACAAGCUAUAGCAGUAUCGGUUAAAGGUCCCAUAAAGCUCUGGUAUUUAAAAAAGUAAUUGGUUGGCAAAAAGUUAUGUUUUACGUUUGGUUAUUUAAUGUGAUAGAAAAUGUGUAGUAGAUUAAUUAUCAUAUCGUUAGAAGAGCUGCAGCACUUUGGGUCGUAGUGAGCUUUAGCACCACCGGUAGAAUGUGGUUUUAGGGGGAAUAUUUCGAAUGCAAGAUUCCAGUCAUUCCAGUUCCACAUUGUGAUUGAUAUUCAGUAUUUAGCAACGUAUUUUAUUUACGUGGCGAAGGAGUUUCCGCCUUAUUAUUGCGCGUUUAAAAAUGUUUUUAGGAUUCCUAAUAAGAUCCAGACAUAUUUUAAUUUCGGUAAAUUAUCCUUAAUGUAGAUAUAAUGUUGGAGCAGAGGUACAACGCGACAAAAUUAGCAGAAUUGCCUGUUUUUACAGGCAAGCUUUAGUAAGUGUUGCGAUGUUAGAAAAAACAGCUUACGAAUUUAAUAAGCGUUUAUAUCAAUAUUGCCUACCCAUUCGUAUUCUCUUGCCUCUAUCUGUGAAUAUACAUUGGCUGUUAUUCUUUUUAAGUAUUUUGUCGAUAUUUAUUUUUUUAUUUUCCAAUAACUUAUCUGAUAAAAUUAUAUAUUGUACACUUUUAUUUAAUUCACAUAUUGUGUUAUCGAUCAUUCGAUUAGUAAGUCGUUCUCUGAAGGAAGACUAUUUGUAUUUACUGCUUAUUGUUAUUUCAAAAACUUCUUAUCUUCUUAUAUGUUUAAUUAUUUUUACGAUUCAGUCCGGCUUAUAUAGCAACUGAUAGGCUAUAGUAUAAUUGCAUGAUAUCCGUGUCUUGGAGGGUUAAAUUUCAAAUAAGUGUAGAUUAGUAUUUAAGAGUAUGUAGGGGUGAUUAGCAAAUUCAUACAUGGAGCAGGAUUGUGUAUUAUAACUGGUGUUUUUGUGAACAUGUUUAAGCAAAUUUUAAUUAUUUUAAACUCGUCUGCUCCGUGCCGCUUCUACAUGAAUCACCCAUGUAAGUGUAAAUAAAAAAUAAAUUCAUUUCUUGUGAGGUGAGAACAAACGUGAUGUCUCGCAGCUUCUGAAUGCACAUAAAAUAGUCUAAGGUUCACAGUUUGAACUUGAGCAUUCAGACGCUGACUGACUGGAAAUGAUGUCCUUUAAAAUUGAAAACUGAACGAUUUUUUUCAUGGAUCGUGUAGGCUUUGUAGAGCUCCUUGGUGUCUUCUUUGGGAAUGUGGGCAUGGGCAUAUUUGUAAGUCGCUGGCUGCUCGGUCAUGUUUUUUUGCUUGUUGACUGGAUGAACCCCUGAAAACUAGGGGCCAAUUAACGAAGACGUUCACAAUAUUGAGUGGGCCCGCGAACUCGGAAUAUUGAAAAAAUGAUCAUAUUUGACUGUCUUUAAGUCUGACCCUUAUUCUCUUUACGCCCGGGCCUCGGAAAGCCUUAAUCCAGCCCUGCUCAAAGCGGGCGUAUUUGAUCCAGUGCUUGAGUUCGGGUUGACAAGUUCAGAGACAAACCGAGUAGUCUGAAUCAAUCAUUGUUAAUUAAAUGUUAUUGCUGUUAAAAAUUCCUAUAUAAUGGUUUAAAGUUGCAGCAGAUAUUCAUGUUUUUAUCAUAACGUGUAAAAUCUAGGCAUAUAUACGAUUCCGGUUGGAACUGUUACGUUGUCAAAUUAAUCUACAAAGUUUAGAUGCAAGUUAGAAAAUUGAAAUUUUACCAUGCUUUAUACUCAUUGAUUGCUUUAUAUUGAUUAAUUAGAAGUUCGAAAAUCGAAUUUUUCCAAAUUUGACCCGCCGGCUAUGGUAUCUAUUUAGUAUACUUUAUAUAUUUUUUAUAAAUUAAGACGCAGUUUUACGUUUGAAGAUCAAAAUUGGAAAAUAAGCAAUAUUUCGCGCCAUAUCAGUGCAAACAUGUUUUUGUUUAUAUACAUAUAGAUGCAUUAUUAUACAUAUUACUAUAAGUA